CGUAUCUCUGCCAUGGAAAGUUUCAACAUUUCGGAUAAUUCCAACUCAACUGAUAAAACAGUUGUGUCUGAAAGUAUUGUCCCUCCUAUCCUCCAGUAUUUUUUUGGUGUGUCUGGAAACUUGAUUGCUAUGAUUCUCCUCUGUCGGUCGUCUGGUCGACACAAAUGGAAGCCGUUUUAUAGACUAGUCGGAUGUUUAGCUAUAACCGACUUUUGUGGAAUAGCUCUGGUAUAUCCCGCAGUAAUGGUUCGAUAUAUUUCUGGAUUUACGUUUGAUUUUCCCAAAGAACUAUGUGAAUUUGUCUCGUUUUGGUUCUCCUUCUCCUUUUUGUCUUCCGCUCUAAUCGUCAGUGCUAUGUCGUUUGACCGAUUCCUGGCUGUGAGCUUUCCAUUAUUAUACAGGGUGUCUAAAGUCAAAAGAACGAAUUUAAUUCUGAUUGUCAUUUGGCUAUUUUCAGCUUGUAUCUCAUCUCUUAAUUUAGUAGGUGUUGGCUCCGUGAAAAACUUUUAUCCGGGCUCUUGGUGUUUUCUAGAUUUUGCGAGCAAAGGAAAACUGGAACGAAUAAACACGUUUAUAUAUUCAAUUACAGGAUUACUUAUCCUAUUAACGACGAUUUUUCUGAACAUAGCAGUUGUCUUCUCUGUGAGGAGGAGACCAAAAUUUUCAGAUUCAGACAGAAAGAGACGCAGAAAUGAGAUUUUCAUCAUUGUUUUCCUCUUCUUGAUAGUAACGCUAUUCUCAAUAUGCUGGAUUCCAUUCAUGGUGCGUAUGCUGAUUAACGCUAGCUCAAGUGACCCCAAAAAUGGACCGGAAGAACUCUUAGCAGUGCGCAUGACCAUAAGCAACGCCAUUGUAGACCCUUGGAUCUAUAUCAUCUUGAGAAAAGAAAAUUUGAAGAAGAUUUUAGCAUUGGUUCAAAGAUUUCGCAAAAAGGAGAAUCUACCAACUGUAUUUUUUACAAGUGAAUCAAACUUUACUAGAACGGAUAAUGUUUCAAAUCUAUGAACAACUUUGACUUAUUUCAUAUUUGCUUUAUUAUGGUUUAUUGUUAAUUAUUAAUAUUUUCGUUUGUGAUAAUGUGAUUUGUAAAAACAAAUCAUUUGAGAUUUAUUUUUAUAUAGUCGCAGUGAAACAUUUCUGUAACUAAUAACUGUGUCCUGCAUAGUUAACAAUCUUUGACAUCCAUACAUUUUUAUAUACAUGUAUGCAUAAUUAUUUUCAUCAUUUGUAAGUAAACAUGUAAUAUACAUUACACAACAGGAAAGAGUAACGUUUGGAGUGCGAACAUUUAUAGCGUUAGUUAUAAACAAGCGCUACAAAAUACCAAACCUUAUGAUCAGUUUUAACAAAAAUGGUAUCAUGGUGAUAACAACAACUCAAAUAGAGGUACCACUUACAGGUACAGAAUUUAGAAAACAAAGUUUGUAACAUUGUUGUGAAUUAAGAGCAAAUAACCACCAUCUCCAAAUAUAUAGGUGGAGGUCGAUGAAAUACUGUACAACGACAUCGUUGUUGUUUAAUUUGUGUAACAUUAUAUUGAUCUAUUUUGGGAUGUAUUCCAUUGCUUGUUAGAACAGGUUGGGACCAAUCGCCCCAAUGGGAUAUAAUAGUCCAAAUGGGAUAUGGAUUUUAA